ACUUGCAUCAGCACUUGGGCUGGAUAUAACUGCUGUACGAGCAAAACAGAGGUGAAGAAUAAACACAGCGGAGAUCAUAUCAUGAACAGAAGAACAUGAGGCUGUAUCGAGCUAUCUUCACGCUUUUGGUCGCAGUUUACUGCAAUGAACUCUGUAAUGGAGACCAAGUUCUCCGAAUCCAUGCCAAAACUGCGGACCACCUUGAGGUUCUGAAAGAGCUUAAAACGGACCGACGGCUGGAUUUCUGGACCCAUGGCAUCUCUACUGCUCUGCCUGUUGAUAUCCGCGUGCCUCACGCCAGUCUGCACGCUGUCAAAGACUUACUCGCUGAAAACAAGGUCCCUUUCACAGUCAUGAUCAACAAUGUGCAGGAACUUCUGGAUAAGGAGAAAGCUGAGAUGGAGAGGAAUGCAGCUAUGGAGCGUAGCACCAAAAUCUUUAACUUUGCUGCUUAUCACACCCUGGAUGAAAUUUACAGUUUUAUGGACAACCUUGUUAAUAGCCACCAAAAUCUGGUCUCUAAAGUGCAAAUCGGCAACUCUUAUGAGAACCGCCCCAUGUAUGUUCUCAAGUUCAGCACAGGUGGAGAGGGAAAACCAGCGAUCUGGAUUGACGCUGGAAUCCAUUCCAGAGAAUGGGUUUCCCAUGCAACUGCAGUGUGGAUUGCCAACCAGAUUGCCACAGACUUUGCAAGUAAUCGUGCCCCUGUGCCUAAAAUCCUGGGUGUAAUGGAUAUCUACAUGCUGAUUGUGGCAAACCCCGAUGGAUACGUCUUCUCCCACACCUCCCCAAAUGAAUUUUACCGGUUUUGGCGUAAAAACCGUUCUGUGACCUCUGACCCCAAAUGUCGUGGCGUUGACAUCAAUCGGAACUGGGAUGCUGAAUUUGGGGCUCCUGGUGCCAGUGACAAUCCCUGCGAUGAAGACUACCGCGGCCCUUCUGCUAACUCUGAGAUUGAAGGGAAAAAUAUGGCAGAUUUUAUUGUGAACCAUGACAACUUUAAAUCUUUCAUUACUCUUCACUCAUACAAACAGCUCCUUAUGUAUCCUUACGGUUAUACUGGAACAGACACUCCUGACAAAAGUGAACUUCACAAUGUUGCUCUAUCUGCAAGCAAAGCACUAAACUCUUGGCAUGGCACUGUCUACAAAGUUGGAAAUAUCUUCAGCACUAUAGAGCAAGCUAGUGGUGCAAGUAUUGACUGGGCUUACAAUCGUGGCAUCAAAUAUUCCUAUGCGUUUGAGCUGCGUGACACUGGCAAACACGGAUUCCUCUUGCCUGCCGACCAAAUCGUUUCAACUUCAAAAGAGACCUGGCUUGCUAUCAAAUACAUCAUGGAAUAUGUUUGUGAUAAACUUUAAGAAUAAUUUACGGAUGUCUUAAUAAGUUCCCAGAAGAUGCAUAUUUGUAACAAAUUAUAAGAAUGUUAAUGAUGUAAAAAACGUAUAAUUUAAAAUUACACCUGCAUUUUAGUAAUCUCUCUUUAAAAAAAAUCACAGCAAGAAGGUCUCCUGGUUCGAGCCCCGGUUAUAGGUCAGGUGGCCUUUUUUGUGUGGACUUCGCAUGUUCUCCCUGUGUCAGCAUGGGUUUACUCUGGGUACUCCGGUUUCCUCCCACAGGCCAAAAACAUGCAAGUUAGGUGAAUUGAAGAUUGAACCAAAUUAACCCUCCCCUAACCUUUGUAUGGAUUUUAAGUAAAUCAACUUGUCACUCUAAAAAAAUGGUGCUAUAUAGCAACAAAAGUGGUUCUAUGCUCGUAAUCAUAGAAGAACCCUUUUUAGUGCCAUAAAGCAGCGGUGAAGCACCUGUGUAGAACCAUGUAGCACCACUAUAGCAGUACAUAUGGUUCUAAAUAGCACUAUGUGGUUAUACACAGGAGCUUCACAGGUUCUACACAGGUGCCUCACAGGUGCCAAAAAUGGUUCUUCUAUGAUUAUGAGCAAAGAACCACUUUUGGUGCUAUUUAGCACCAUUUGUUUUUAGAGUGCAGUUCUCCCCAUGAAUAUAGAUGCUGUGAAGAAUAAAGAAAGAAUGAAUCUUCUUUGAAUUCUGUUAAAAAUAAAUGUUGUGCAUUUAAA